AUGGUGAAGAUAGGCGGCGCGCGAUUGGAGGACGUGUCGCCGUUCUUCCAUCUGCCGAUUGAGGAGGCGGCGCGCGAGCUAGGCGUGUGCUCCAGCGCGCUCAAGCGGCGAUGCCGGCGAUUGGGCAUCAAGCGAUGGCCGUUCCGCAAGGUGCGCAGCAUGAGCAACUCACUAUCGCGUACGAUGGAGGGCAUGUGCAACGUGGGCGCGGGCGGGAUUGUGCCGCCGGAAUACCUCCAACCGGACGCCGCCACGCGUCUCGCAGCGCAGGUGGCCGCAGCGAAUCUAAUCAACCUUGACCAGACGCGCCGCCCGCUUCUGCCACCCAUGAAUCGCCCGCUCAUGGGCGCGCGGGGGGCGGCGGGAGCAGCAGCCGCCGUGGCGGGGGGAGACGCUGUGGGGGGCGCGGGGGGGAUGGUUGCGCAGAUGGGGGGAAGCGCGGGAGGUGGUGGCGGAAGCGGAGGGGGGGAUGGGGCAAACGGGGAAGGCGAUGAGAAUCAAGAAGCGCGAGCAAUCGUGCUUCGUAUGGGUGACUCUCCUGUACUCGCUUGGGAGUCACCUGAUAAGUGUGACGAGCAGGGCUCGUGGGAAGGCGGAGGAGGGGGGAUGGAGGGCGGCUUUCGAGGCGCCGAGUCUGCUAUGCUUCAGGGCGCCGUGGGGGAAGGAGGCCCGUCCCUCAUGCUGUCCGUGAUUCGCCAUGCCGCCGCCAGCAGAGCAGAAGCGGACAAGGAGGCACCACCCGGUUACGACAGCACACACGCCCUUCUCCUUUCCAACCCCUCCCCCUUCCUCCUCCCACACCACCCAACCCACCAUACCCAACCAGCCCACCCUACCCACCCAGCCAUCCUACCCCACCCAUCUCAACUCCCUCAUCACCCUCCACAACCGCUUCAAGUCCCUUCCUCCUUCCCUCCCAUGCUGACUCCUAAUCCAUUUUCCACCAGCCAUACUGCCCCCACUGCCACCACCACCGCUCCUUCCUUCCCUCCUCCUUUCCCCGCUCCUCUCUCACUUCCCUCUUCUCUCCCUCCUUCCUCUCUCCCACCUCCCCCUGCUGCUCCCAUCUCAUUCCCACCACCCCCCUCCUCUCUCCCCCCUCUCCGCUCCUCCUCCUCCUUGGAACCACCGAGUCGCCUCCUCCAUAUAGACCACUCGCGAUUGGUGCUGCCGCCUCCCUGUGCUGACGUCAAGCCCUCUGCUGGUGACGUCAUCCGUGCGCCGCUGUCAGCAACUGCUGACGUCAGCUUGCCAUCCUUCCAGCCGCUUUCCCUCCCGAAACUGACGGCUUGGUCCAAACCUCCCAUGGAUCUACACCCAGCGGAGCUUUAUCCACAGUAA